AUGACAACUGUUAAAUUUCGCCAACUAAUUGACAUGGCAAUUGGGUCACCGGAACCGGGACAUGUGAAUUUCUAUGCUCUACAUUGUCUUCUUAAUUGCAUAGCCGAGAAAUUGAAUAUCCUCGAUGAUCCCAUUGAAUAUUCCAAGUACGAGACCUUAAUUUUGUGUUCUACGUCGACCAAGGCAUCCAAUCAAGAUCUUAAGAAAUUAUACAAUUGUAGUUUUCGAGCCGAAGGAGGAUCUGACCCAACAGAUCUGAAUGAAAAUGAUUUGGAUAAUAAUGGAUCGGUAACAGAUGUAGAUAAAGCAUCUAUAGAUGUAGAUAAAGCAUCUAUAACAAAGCUUAGACAGGAUGACGAUCAAGGUAAUCAAAAUGUUGACGAGAUUGGUGUUCAGGGGGAAACUACUCCACUAGAAGAAAUUGUGGAAGAUCCAUGUGACGACGAGACACCAAAAAUGGAUAAUACUCCUCGAGCGUCUAUAACAUCUAACAGAACUGAAGAAGAGCGCCACGAAAAAGAACAAGUUAAACCCGACAUUCCACAUUAUGAAACUUCAAAGAUAGAAGAGUUUGAAAACAGGCUGGCUGAGUUUGAGAAUCUAUUAGAUACCGUGGCAAUAAUGAGAGAUCAAUUGAUGUUGGCCACUGAACAACAACUACUUCUAACAUUUCUAACCCUCAGUAAAAAACCCGAUAUGCAGAAAGUACAUCAACUUCUAGACUUAACGCAGACACUUCGUAUAGCAAAAAAGGAAAAUAUCAAUAUUAAGAGUUCGCAACGUUUUGAUAUACCCGAUACGCAAUCGUUAGAGUGGCAUUUAUCAGAUUUACAACUGGGAGACGCUAUAACGGAGCAGGAUAUAUUGGAUGCACAGACGUCUUGUACAAGGGCCUACGAACCCAAUGUUACCACAGACCACCCCAGUCAAUAUGAACUGGAAGGUUGUUUGUGCUACUCACCAGGAAAAAUCCUUGAUCAAUUAUUGCAAUUGAAGGGCGAUUUCUGCACAAUCAACAAUAAAGUGAACGAAGUCACUGCAAGAAUAGUGAAUCAAGAACGCCAACAAACCAUGGUUCUUAUUCAAGAGCUGCAGGAGCAAAUGCGAGAGGCUAAAUUAGACAUUAGCAAUUUGAAGGAUCAACUCGAACGUUCGGACAUUCGUCUAACAAAUAACACCCUCAACAUUGAAAAUGUUAAAAGAAAUAUUGACUCGAUCAUUGCCGAAAAAGUGAAUAAAACUGAAUUGGAUAUUAUGCUUGCCGAUAAAGUUGACUAUAAUCAAUUGCAGAGAAAAGUAUCACUAGAUCAGCUGCUCGAAGUGCAGUGUCGCAUUGACAAGCGUUUCUGCGAAGCAUUCAAACAGAUCAAGGACAAUGACAAAAAACUUAAUGAGACUGCAGAAACAUUGCGACAAACUUUAGGAUUUGCAUCCAUGGAAGGAAUAUUGCAAACUUUCAAGCAGACAAUCGAAUCACAAAUUUGGUCACUUCGUGAUGCCCUGCAAAAGUACGUGGAUUCAACGAACGAUGAAUAUGCUGCAGCUGGAGCACGUGUCAAAGUUCUUCAGGACUUGGCAUGUCUGUCGUGCGAUAAUACAUGCGUUAUGCGAACUAUGGAAAAGGCAAAUGUAGCUAAACUGCCAAAUGCGCAUGCCACUCAAAGUCUUAGUCCCGUUAUUACAUAUGAAUUGGGCGCCAUACGCAAAAAUGGACUUCCACAGGCCCGACACGCUGGCGGUCCCCACACGACGAGUACAGCCCAAGAACGGGUCGAAAAAGUUUUGUUAAGUGGAAAAUAG